GAUAACGAAAAUGGACGAGGUCUUCAGCCUGCACAUGGAAAAGCUGGACGUCUACGACGUUCUCCUUCUGGCUGGCAUACUCUCCGUAAUUAUUUUAAUUUGUAUUUAGAUCAAUUCGAGUCGUGUGCGAGCUGUUGGGGCUGGACAAUGUAGCUCCAACAAUCAGCGGAGCGUGUUGUUGUGAAAUUACAGCGCGAAUGAUGUUACCAAAGAGGAGAUGGAAAACAGAUGGUUGCUCUUGAGCGAGUGUUGGAAAAUGCGCAGUCGCAGUAUUGCCCAGCGGACAAUAAGUUUUGCGGUAUUAUAAAAUUAAAUUAUAUUUAAUUAGCAACAAAAGUUAUGAACAAUAUACCAGAUUUAAAUAGCAUAUACACCCGCAAUCCUUCACCGCCCACACAAAGCCAGCCAAGAUUUCCGUUUGCUCAGAAUUUGUAGCCUUAUUAUUUAUUCAAUGUUAAUACAAUUUAUUUGUAAAGACUGAUUUCUUGUAUGCAAUAAUAAUAAAUCAAAAUGUAAUACGUAAUAGAUAAUAAAUGUUUUAAGAAA